GCUGGGAAAUUGGUCCCUGCCCGGCAGUGGGCCGGCCGCGCGUGCCGCGGUCUGGGCUGUCAGUCACGGCGGCCGCUCGCCCUAGGAGAGGUUGGUGGAGGCGCGGUCGGCUCCGCGGUUGUGUCGUGCUUCUUGCUGUCGCCGAGGCGCCAUGGACGACACGGAUUUGAUAGAGUACUUUAAUUCCCAAAUGAAAGAAGAUCCCGAUGUAGCUUCUGCUGUGGCUGCCAUCCGCACCUUACUUGAAUUCUUAAAGAGAGACAAAGGGGAGACAAUUCAGGGUUUGAGAGCAAACCUCAAAAAUGCCAUUAAAAUCCUGUGCAGCGUCGAUUCUUCCGUGGCAGUCUCCUCCGGUGGAGAGCUCUUCCUUCGAUUCAUCAGUCUCACCUCCCUGGAGUACUCAGAUUACUUGAAGUGUAAAACGAUCAUGAUUGAGCGAGGAGAGCUUUUUCUCAGGAGGAUCUCACUUUCCAGAAGUAAAAUUGCCGACCUGUGCCAUACUUUCAUCAAAGAUGGAGCUAGGAUAUUAACUCAUGCCUACUCACGAGUGGUGCUCAGAGUCCUGGAGAGAGCAGCUGCAGCCAAGAAACGCUUCAGUGUGUACAUCACGGAGUCCCAACCUGACUUGUCCGGGAAGAAAAUGGCCAAAGCUCUCAGCAGUUUGAAUGUGCCAGUCACUGUGAUUUUAGAUGCUGCUGUUGGCUACAUCAUGGAGAAAGUGGAUCUCGUGAUAGUAGGUGCAGAAGGAGUUGUUGAAAAUGGCGGCAUCAUUAACAAGAUUGGAACCAAUCAGGCAGCUGUGUGCGCCAAGGCGCAGAACAAGCCCUUCUAUGUAGUCGCAGAAAGUUUCAAGUUUGUCCGACUCUUUCCACUGAAUCAGCAAGAUGUGCCGGAUAAGUUUAAGUACAAAGCAGCUACACUAAAGUCUAUUGGAACUGGACAAGAUCUCAAAGAAGAACACCCCUGGAUUGACUACACCCCGCCUUCCUUGAUCACACUGCUGUUCACGGACCUUGGGGUGCUGACGCCCUCGGCAGUCAGCGAUGAACUCAUCAAGCUUUACCUCUAGCUCCCAGUCCUCUGACCAUCAGAUUUACCAAAAGCACAGGGCGAUGACCCAAGACAAAGUGGAGUAAAUAAAACUUCCAGGCUUCACGGACUAUUUCAA